UCCUGCGGCGGGCCGCGGGCGUCCCCGUUCGGCCAGGCGGCCAGGCAGGAAGGAAGCGAGCGGCGGAAGAUGGCGGCGGCAGAGGUGGCGGACGGCGACGACUCCCUGUACCCGAUCGCCGUCCUGAUCGACGAGCUGCGCAACGAGGACGUGCAGUUACGGUUGAACAGCAUAAAGAAACUGUCCACGAUUGCCUUGGCCUUGGGCGUGGAGCGUACCCGGAGUGAGCUGCUCCCAUUUCUGACCGACACCAUUUACGAUGAAGACGAGGUGCUGCUGGCGUUGGCGGAGCAACUAGGGAGCUUCACGGUGCUCGUUGGCGGACCGGAGUACGUUCACUGUUUGCUGCCUCCCUUGGAGAGCCUGGCAACGGUGGAAGAAACGGUGGUACGAGAUAAAGCUGUGGACUCGCUGCGAGCCAUCUCCCACGAGCACUCUCCUGCAGACCUAGAGGUCCACUUUGUGCCACUGGUCAAGCGCCUGGCUUGUGGUGACUGGUUCACGUCCAGGACUUCGGCAUGCGGUCUUUUCAGUGUCUGCUACCCUCGGGUCUCCAGCUCUGUAAAGGCCGAGCUGCGCCAACAUUUCCGCAGCUUGUGCUCAGAUGACACGCCAAUGGUCCGCCGGGCUGCGGCAUCAAAGUUGGGUGAAUUUGCAAAGGUCCUGGAGCUGGAGUUUUUGAAAAGUGACAUUAUACCCCUCUUCACUUCCCUGGCUUCUGAUGAGCAGGAUUCGGUGAGGCUGUUGGCAGUUGAGGCUUGUGUGAGCAUAGCCCAGCUGCUGCCCCAGGAAGACCUGGAAGCGUUGGUGAUGCCGACCCUCCGGCAGGCAGUGGAAGAUAAAUCCUGGCGUGUUCGCUACAUGGUGGCAGACAAAUUUUCUGAGCUUCAGAAAGCCGUGGGUCCUGAAAUUACGGAAAAUGAUCUGGUUCCUGCUUUCCAAAACCUGUUGAAAGAUUGUGAGGCUGAAGUGCGUGCCGCUGGGGCCAACAAAGUUAAAGAUUUUUGUGAAAACUUGCCAGUGGAUUGCAGGGAGACUGUCAUAAUGAGUCACAUCUUGCCGUAUGUUAAGGAACUUGUGUCUGACACCAAUCAACACGUGAAGUCAGCUCUGGCCUCUGUUAUUAUGGGCUUGUCCACCAUCCUGGGCAAGGACAGCACUGUUGAGCACCUGCUUCCUCUGUUCUUGGCUCAGCUCAAAGAUGAGUGCCCUGAGGUCCGUUUGAACAUUAUCUCCAAUCUGGACUGCGUGAAUGAAGUUAUUGGAAUUCGCCAGCUGUCACAGUCUCUCCUGCCAGCCAUUGUAGAAUUAGCAGAAGAUGCCAAAUGGAGAGUGCGCCUUGCGAUAAUCGAGUACAUGCCUCUGCUUGCAGGGCAGCUGGGGGUGGAGUUUUUUGAUGAGAAGUUGAACUCCUUGUGCAUGACGUGGCUGGUGGAUCACGUAUACGCCAUUCGCGAGGCCGCGACCAACAACUUGACCAAGUUGGUGGAGAAGUUUGGCAAAGACUGGGCAGAAUCCACCAUCGUGCCGAAAGUACUUGCCAUGGCCACUGACCCCAAUUACCUUCACAGAAUGACCACCCUGUUCUGCAUUAACGUGUUGUCUGAAGCCUGUGGCCAAGAAAUCACAGCAAAGCACAUGCUACCGACAGUUCUCCAGAUGGCAGGCGAUCAGGUGGCAAAUGUUCGCUUCAACGUGGCUAAAUCACUGCAGAAAAUAGGACCGGUUUUAGAUGCCAGCACUUUACAGAACGAGGUCAAACCAAUAUUGGAGAAAUUGGGUCAGGACCAAGAUAUGGACGUAAAGUACUUUGCGCAGGAAGCCAUGACUGUGCUUGCCUUAUCGUAGGAAGGAGUGAAGAAACGGCUCUCCAGACUUGCAAUGAGAUCUGCCGCUGACACCUUUGAAAACCUUCUUCCACACUCUCUCUUAAAAGAAUUACCCCUGGAAAAUGUAAAUGUCUCGUAGGUAGUGUCACUGGAUUGUAGCUGCCUUGGAGAUCCUAGUUCCGCAGUCCUUCUGCUGUCUAAAUUUAGCUUGAGUGAUCAUAGAUGUCCGCUCCGCCUAUUUAUUUUCAUUGACUGUAGUGUACCCAGUGGCAAUGUGUAUCCGACGUGAGGUUAUUAGCUUUGCUGCCCUGUCGACAGUCACUUGUAUCCAGCAUGCCUCCUCCUCCUCCCUUCCCGAAGCACCUUCGCUUGUAUUCCUGGCAUCCAGUGGCAAGUGCUCGAAUUAAAACUGAUGUUGUCUGAUCUGAAAACGUUCUCGGACGGGC